AUGAGCUCUCUUGACUCCAGUAUUCAAGAAAGGAGAGAAGUGCUUAUCAAGUCCAUACGGAAGAAGAAGGAAGAUGAAGCACAGACUGAACUUCCGAGAGAUGGUGAUAAUAAGGAUAUAGAGGAACCAGAAUCCUUGAGUGAUCAAGUUCAGGACUCCGUUCAUGCUCUCGUAAGGUUAGGUUAUGAUUUUGAUGCAAUUUUCAAAGGCUCUAAGGUGAACAGAUCGUUCUUGGAGCAAGCAUUUCAAGAAUUGGGAUAUUGUAAACUUAAACCUGAUUUAGAUAUCAUUACAAGUGAUGACGAAGAUAAGGAGGAGUCUAGCACACCAGAAAAUGACAAGAGGAGUAUACAAGUUGAGAUUCAAUUAUUUAUGAUGAGGGUUCAGUUAGAAAUCAAUAAACUAACAGCGGCGUUAGACCAUGAAGAUGAUGAAACUCGACUGAGGGACACCUCCUUGAGCGAUAGUUUACAGAAGAAAAGAGAGAGUUUAUUAAAAAGUUUAAAUGGAUUAUUUGACAAACUGACUGAAAAAGAGGAAGAAAUGGAUAUCAGACAAAGGAGAAAAAAUGAAUUGAGCCUUCAAGACGGAUUGGGACGAUCAAGGGACCGGUCUGAUUCGAAUACGGACGAACAAGUCCCAGGAAUUUUAGUCGAUAGCGGCUUUGUUAAAAUCGCAAGUGUAUGUUGA